AUUUUAAACAUAUAUAUAUUAUGAAAUGAUUACCACCAUAAGGUAUUUCCCCAGGAGAAAUGGAAACAUGUCAGCUUUAUUCGUAACAUAUAAAACCUGGAAAUACAACAAAUGUUCACCAAGAGAAAAAUGAAUGAACAAAUUGUGGCAUAUUCACACAAUUGAAUGCUGUCCAUAAAUAAAAAUGAACUACACAACAUUAAUAAAGCUUACAAAACUAGGAUGUGCAAAAGGAGACAUAUGUGAUUGCAGAACUGACAAAACUAAAUUACGGCGACGUAUCCCAGAACUAUGGCGGUCUGUUGUGAGACUGGAAAAGGACACCAGAGAACUUCCUGGCAGUGAUUGUAUAAAACCCGCACCAGGGCAGGCAUACACAUACUGAGCGUGUGCUCAGUGCCAGAUGACAUUCUAGGUGCUGGGGCUUUCUCAAGGGGCAAAACUGACAAAACUUGUCACUCUCUGGUUCACGACCACGGACCUGGGGUCCCGCACAUACAGGCCUGAGCGAAGAGAAGCCGCGACAGGCACCGGCUCCCAGUUCUCGCCUCAGCCACUUCCGCCCAACCUGCGGUACCCGCUUCAGCCCGUCUUGGCCCGAUCGCCCUCAGCACGGAUUUCCGAUUCCCUCCUUGGUCCUCCUCCACCAGGUUCCCGAUUCCCUCUUUUCUCCUCAGCGCUCUGGGUUUAGGGAUUCCGGUUCUCAGCCGGUCCUCCCCGACGCAGACUUCUUCCGUCUUCCUCCUCGCCCCGCCUCCGGCAGGCUUCCGCUUCCCUUUUCCUUCUUUCCCCCACCCAGGUUUCCAAUUACUUCCUCGGCUGGGGCUCUAAUUCAACCCAGAGGAACCCUCGCUCCCAAAAAAUCAUCACCUGGCUCUUCGGCGUCUGAAGAACCGCCAGCGGCGACCCUCCUCCGCCAAGGAGGAGCGACCCGCCCACCCUGGAACUCCCAGGAGUCUCCGGGGCGUGGCGCGGGCUUUGCGACCGCUGUCCUCCCCUUUGCGCUCGAAAACCUGGACGUUUUCAGUGUUGGACUACGUUUCCCACAGGCCCCAGGGCUACGAAUGAACUUCGACUUUCGGUUCCCCUUCCGGUAUCGUCGUGGUUAUUGGGGCAUGCCUGUUCUGCAAGAGAAGCCCCCUGAAGUGGAGGAGAGCGUUGCCACUUAAAAGCCCAUUCAAGACCACACAGUGGUACAGACUGUGAGAGGCACCAUGAUAUAAUGGUAAUUGAGUCUAAAGCAGCACCUUCUGAUGGAAAUACAAUUUUUGACGGAGGAGCAUGUCAUCGGAGUUCCUCACACUGUCAUGGCAGAAAUGGAAUUCCCAGAGCAAUUCUUUACAGUUCUAAGCAUGGAUCAUGAAUUGGUGACAUUCAGGGAUGUGGUCAUCAACUUCUCUCAAGAGGAAUGGGAAUGUCUGGAUUCAGCUCAGAGGGACUUGUAUUGGGAUGUGAUGAUGGAGAACUAUAGCAACUUGGUCUCACUGGAUUUGGAGUCCAAGUAUGACACAAAGACUAGAAAGGACAUCACUGGUUCUCAGUGGAAAGUCACAGAAAGUAAAUUCAUUGGUCUUGAGAGCUCCGUUUUCAGAAAUGACUGGCAGAGCAAAAGCAAGACUGAGGUACAAAGACCUGAACUGGGAUAUUUCAGCCAAAUGAAAAUCAACUCUGAAAAAGUGCCCAAUUACAAACAUCAGAAGUCUCUUAUAUCACAUCAGAGAAUUCAUGAUAGCAAGAAGCCCCAUGCAUAUAAGGAAUAUGGGAAGGUGCUUAGCUGUGACUUCAAUUUUGAUGAGUAUGAGAGAAUACAUACUGGUGAGAAAACAUAUCAAUAUAAUGCAUAUUGGAAAACCUUUGGAGAUGACCCACAUACCCUACAACUGAAUAUACAUAGUGGUGUGAAACCUUGUAAAUAUAUGGAAUAUGAGAAUGCAUUUAGUUUUUAUGAAGACCUUAGUAUACAGAAAAUGCAUGAUAAUCAGAAGUGCUAUAAAUGUAAGGAAUAUGAAAGGACCAUUAGAAGAGUUGAAGAAAUAACUCCACUUCAAAUAAUUCGUGAUGGUGAGAAACCCUAUGAAUGCACUUUCUGUGGAAAAUCCUUUAGAGUGCAUGCACAACUUACUCGACACCAGAAAAUCCAUACUGAUGAGAAACCUUACAAAUGUAUGGAAUGUGGCAAGGACUUCAGAUUCCAUUCACAGCUAACUGAACAUCAGAGAAUUCAUACUGGUGAAAAACCAUACAAAUGUAUACAAUGUGAGAAAGUCUUUAGAAUUAGUUCACAGCUUAUUGAACAUCAGAGAAUUCAUACAGGUGAGAAACCUUAUGCAUGUAAAGAAUGUGGGAAGACCUUUGGAGUCUGUAGAGAACUUGCUCGACAUCAGAGAAUUCAUACUGGAAAGAAACCCUAUGAAUGCAAGGCAUGUGGAAAGGUCUUUAGAAAUAGUUCAUCCCUGACUAGACAUCAAAGAAUUCAUACUGGUGAGAAACCCUAUAAAUGCAAGGAAUGUGGGAAAGCUUUUGGAGUAGGUAGUGAACUUACUCGACACCAGAGAAUUCACAGUGGUCAGAAACCUUAUGAAUGUAAAGAGUGUGGAAAGUUCUUUAGACUUACAUCAGCACUUAUUCAACAUCAGAGGAUUCACAGUGGUGAAAAACCUUAUGAAUGUAAAGUAUGUGGGAAGGCUUUCAGACAUAGUUCAGCCCUUACUGAACAUCAGAGAAUUCAUACUGGAGAGAAACCUUAUGAAUGCAAGGCAUGUGGGAAGGCCUUUAGACAUAGUUCAUCCUUUACAAAACAUCAGAGAAUUCAUACUGGUAAGAAACCCUAUGAAUGUAAGGAAUGUCUGAGUGCCUUUAGUGUGGGUAAGCACCUUACUUGAUAUCAAAAAAGUUGUACUGGUGUUUUGUCUUGAAUGAAAGACAUGUACAAAAGCCUUUUGCUUCUGAGUUUCACUGGGAAAGUCCAUGCAUUAUAAUAUGAAAUAAUCAAGGGGCCAAUGUUCCUCUUAUUGUUUCCAGACUUCCUGGCCCCUCUAUUUACAAGUAGAAUUGCUCAGUGAUAGGUGAUGUAUACUUUGUUUUGUUCGAUAUUGCCAAAUAUUUGUUUUUAUUUCUCCUUUUCAUAUCAGUUAACAUUGUGAAUAUCCAUUUAGAUAAGGUGGUCCCUAUUCAUUUCUGAUAUGUAUGGAAAAUGUGUUUCACUAAUUAUUAGUCAAUUUCACAUGAAUUUCUUUUCCAGGCAUGUUUUGUUUACAGUUACUUCUGAUGUUUGUGUUUUUGUUCUUGUCUUUGAAUUGUUUUUGGCUUAUUAAUUUGUGAUAUUAUUCAAAUAAAUCUUUUGCAUUCUAAUUUUUUGUUACAUAUGAUGUACUUUUCUUCCUCCAGAGAGUUAAAACUUCCAGUCACUUACUAUGUUGUUUUAAAGUCUUAUGACCCUGCAUGGUAUUUGUGUAGAUUUGUUUUUGUUUAAUUUUCUCUUGUUUUUGUUUUAAUGUUAGAUAAGUAAUUUCCUUCCCAUUUUCAUCAAGUGAUUGAUUUCUUUUAAAAUUUCUGUUUUGACAUGACAGACUUGCCUAAAUACUUACCACAACACAAUUCCUUUAAAGAGCCUUUUGAGGGGCACCUGGGUAGCUCAGUCCUUAAGCGUCUGCCUUCGGCUCAGGUCAUGAUCCCAGGG